AUGUCGGGCUGGUCGGGCGCGUCGGGCGCGUCAGAUGCAAUUUCCAACGAAGACGGACGACGACCGUGUGACGCCAAGGUGCAGAUGUUAGAUUGGUAUGGAGACAUUGUCGUCGUCGCUCGUGCACUGCAGCGGUGGGCAGCGAAAAGGGCGGAGCGUGAUGCCGCGAGUUUCGGUGAAGAAGGAUGCGGAUUCAUGCAGGCGGGGACAGCUCAGCCCUGUCGAGGAAUGUUUCCUGCAGGAAGUACAGAUUCCCGGAGAGAACACAGAACAUGCACCGAGAGCGCCAUUGUAUUCAUGUGCCGCCGUACUGGCACCGUUGAUUGCUGAUGGUCGCACGUGAUGAUGAUGUUGAUGAUGAUGAUGAUGAUGAUGAUUUCCCCGGUGACGAUGAUAGCGAUGAAUGAGACAGCGGAGAAGGAGGAUGAGGAGGAG